UUUUUUUUUUUCUAGGGAUUAAGUUAUGAGGGUGUUCAAAGCCUUCUUGGUCUGAUGCACACCACAGGGACAAAUCCUAACGCACUUCCUCCACCAAUAUCAACUCUAUUAGCAUCAUUUAAUUUGCCAUGCAAUUCAACUGAUAUUGGCUUGACUCAUGGAGCUCGUGCAUUGGCCAAGCAUGCUUGUAGGAGUAGCAGUGGUUAUUGGGGUUCUCUGAAUGGAAACGAUACUAAUAAAAAUAGGCUUGCAAUGGAUGUCAUAAACCGCUUAAUAGCACAUUGUUGUUGGCUGAAUGUGCACACUGUCCCACCACAUGGAGUUGUCUUUGAAAUAAGGGUUGCUGAUGGAUAUGGUGCACGCUGGACAGAAGAUGGAAGUAAGUAUGACAGUAUGUUCAAAUUUAAGCGUUUGAUGCAACUUCUGUUAGACUCGUCCACUAUUCAAUGGCUGGGAAUAAGGUUUCAACGUGGAGAAAAGUUUUGUACUUUUAAAUUUGCAGUUUAUCGGAUUUUUAGAGCCCUACAUGCAAGAUGGCCACUCAAAGGGAUGGAAGCACUAGUUCUGCUAGCCAGACAACAACUACACCUCUGUAAUUGAAAGUCACAACUUUUCCUUUUAUCUUGUGUUGGAAUCGUGUUUAUGGUACAGUAUUUGAUUUUUAACUAUACUUCUCAGCACUGGACUUUAGCUGACAAUCUAUUCUAAUACCUCAGAGUAAUCUACUCAAUUAUACAUGGUAACCUAGAUGAUGGAGUCUGUAUAAUAAUGUUAGUACUUAUUUUCAGAAAGAAACUUCCAUUUAACUCAAGUUAAUUAUUAAAAGGUGCUGACAAGCCCCAUUAUGACUCCUUUUUA